AUGGAGGAGCUGCCGGGAAAGCGCUCCGAGGGCGGCGUCUCCUUCUCGACCCAGAACGACGCGUCCGACGACGGGGGGGAUGACCGGCCCCGCCACGGCGGGAUCCGGGCCUCUCGGCGCGACUACCAGCGACUGGCCAGCCUCUGGACCGACCUGUGGUCCGCGCCGGCCUCCGGAUCAGCGGGGGCCCGGCAGAAGCGGAGAUCCCGAGCGGGCGGGCGUCGGCCCGCCGGAUCGGACAUGGAGAGCCGUGGCGUAAUCUGGGACGCCACGUGGGAAUCGCCCGCUGCCCAUCUUGGAGAUGCCGAGAUCUGCGGCGAGGAAGCCAAUCGAGGGAGCUCGCCCUUUGGGGAUUGGCAGGGCGCGGGCCGGGGAGUUGGGAUGAGCACUUGGCCGGGAUCGGAGCCGGGUGUGAAGCUUGGGGCCCGAGGCGGCGGGCCGCCGUGCCUGUGGGAGCUGCCGGGGAUCAGAUCCGGGGACAACGAGUCGGUACCCCUAUCCGAUGGGGAGGAGGAGAAGGAGGAGGGGGGAGUCGGGGAGGGGGGGGAGGGGCAGGGGAAGGGCCUGGAGGGGCUGAAGGGGCUGGAGAGGUGCUGGGAGGAGCGCUGGGGAGGCGCAUGGGCGGCGGACGAUGACGCUGGGUCAACAGGGGAAGCAGCCACCCUGCGGCCUGGCCGAAGCCGCUCACUUGUCCACCGCUUCAUGAAAGCCCUGUCGAUCAGCUCCCGUGGCAGGAGGGCCCACAGCAAGGCUUUCGAAAUUACCGAUGAGUUCAGGGAUUUUACGGAUCGAGUCAUGCCGCCAUUUCCUCCAGAUUACAUCGACCCGGUGGCGAGCUCAUUUUCCAUCUAA